AUGCGCUCACUGAUCCUCAUCUCGCUGUCAUUACUAGCACCAGAAUCCGACUGUGACCUCCUGAGAGACAGCGUCCAUGUCACGUCCGCGGCGGCUCGGCCCAACAACGAGUUGUGGUGCUACCGAUGUCUCGCAGAAGUGCCAGAAGACAAGUGUGCGGACCUCCGCCAAAACAACUCGGCCCUUAUCCACAAGUGCCACAAUGACCGACGGAUGUGUAUGGUCAAACGAUUCUCUUACACCACCUCUACCGAAAAUUCCACGACUGCGCUAAAGAUGUGGGCCCUCGAGCGGAACUGCACUAAACACUGCGAGCCUGGCUGCAUCAUCAUUGGCGAAAGAACCAAACUCCAUGCCUGCACGUCCUGCUGUACCACCUCCCUUUGCAACCACGACUCCGGAACCAUCUCCUUAACGCAAAACAUCCUCCUACUUCUAUCCCCUCUUGCAAUACUGACGUUAUGA